AUGGCUCGGACGAGCGCCUGGCGGUUAGGAGAACAAGGCUGCGCGGCACAGCACCUGAGACCCUCCACGACGGAAGAGAGGCAGCAGAUUCCAAACAUGCGCAUUCUGAGCGGAUUGACCACUCCGGAUACCGAUGCGACCAGACUCCAAACGUCGAACGUGUUGAAGAGCAUACGGCACCUCUUCGUCACCAUCGCGGACGCAUUCAAAUGCUUUGGCCUGGCGAUCCGUGAUGCUGCGGUGUGGUGCUAUCAAGCCCUCAAACAGUGUGGCGCGGCGAUCAAGAGUGCUGUGAUAUGGCUCUACCACGCACCCGGGAAGUUGGUGCAUCUGGUCGCUCAUAUUGUUGGCGUCAGUCUAAGGUGGCUCAAAGGGACAGCGCUGCUCGCUCUGAAGAUUGGGUUAGGAUUGUUCGCCGUGUGCCUCGCAGCGUUGAUUGCAUACGCGCUUAUUCGACUUGCUCUUCAAGUUCAGAGGGCGAGGCGGGCCAGACAGGAACUUCGCCGGCUGGAAGAAGCGCGUGUCCAGUGGGCGAUCCAGGCUCGAGGACGAGAAGAGGAACGGCAUCGUCACUUGGUCGAAGAGCAGCAACGGCGUGAGGACGAGGUUAGGCGUGAAGAGGAGGCAGGGCGACAACGAGCAGCGGAGCAGAAGCGAAUGGCUCAGGAAGCAGACGAAACGAAGCGACAAACGCGCGUACGAGAGGAAUUGCAACAGCGACGACGUGACGCGAUCCACUACAAGCAAUGGAGAGACACCUGCGACCGCAUCUCCGACGCUGGCACCGGGACGCUUCCUAAGCCACCGUCCUGGUCGUGCUUUGCGGAGAAUUGUCAAAAGAACAGUGAAAUCGUGGCCUGCUGCCACGAUCUGAAGAGGGCGUUCGGCUCGACUGGGGACCUUGCAGCGACGGUGCUGCUGGAGCGGAACUGGUGGCAUCCUGACAGGCCUUGGUUCCGCAGGCUAGGACCGGAGAGUCAGGUCAUGGCGACUGAGAUGUUCAAGACUAUUCAGAACAUUGAAGUUGUGGACUGA